UUUAGAACAAGAAUAGCCGCGAUUAUUGCCGGCAUAUAGUUAAUACAUUCAAAGACGCAAAAUCGCCAGUACAAUGGCAUUCGAGAACUCUGCACACCAGCUUAAGAUUCCAGACGACGGGCUGGACAACCAGAGGAUCGAUAAGGACGCACCGGCGCCCCAAUCCCAGGUCCAAAUUGCACCCAAACAGAUGCCGGACACAGCAAGCGACAGUGGCAGCGUCAUAUGGAUUUCAAGCGAUUCCCUUGCCUCCUCACAGGGGGAGGCCCAGGGAGUCAAUGCUACCAAGGAGCUGGCAGACUUCGAGACUUUGUACUGCCGCAAACUACGGGCAAGAGGUCCUGGUUCCAUCACAGGCCACAUGAAGACCCCCAAGUUGGCCAAGAAGCGGUGCUGGCCGGAUGGCGAGGACGACAAGCCGGACGCCAAAAAAUCACUGGCUUUUGAGCAAUUCGUAUCGAUAUACGAUAGAGAAAACAGGUCGCCGCCUGAAAUCGAAAAUAAUCAAAGCCGCAGACAAAAUUACGAAAACGAUUUCGCAUCCAAGAUGUCCGCCGAACCGUGUGCCAAUCCGGAGGACAGCCUGGUCAAACUGAUCAACGACUGCAACCUGGAGGAAAAUGGCGACGCACAGACGCCCCAAUCCCAGGCCCAAAUGGAACCCAAUCACAGUGCUUCAUUUGCGAGCGCCGACAGCGACAUCGGCAGCCACAUACUGGAGUCGGAUGAUUCCCAUGCUUCGGCGUGCAGCUACCUCCACUCGUCCGAGAUUUGCAACUCCUCCGACUUCGAGGAACUGCGCAAGGCGUUCACCAAGGACUCCUCAUACUUCGAACUCUCCCUUGAUUCAAAUAGCCGCAGUUCUAGUUCCGUGGAUACCGACAUGGAGAUACCCAAGAUAGCCGUUAAGCGCCACUCGCCGGGAAGCAAUGGCGAUGGAUUGGUUAAAAAGAAAUCUUACCGAAAUCUGGACGAGAUGCCCACUCCCUCGAAUCGGCCGGUGGUGACGCGCAGUGGUCGUGUUGUAGUAUCGCGGUCGAACCAGCAGUUUGACUACUCAUCCUCGCAGUCGAAGGGCGAUGGCGAGGAGGACUCCGAAGAUUUGUCGCUGGAUUCCGACGACGAGGACUAUCAGGGAAAGGAUUUUGAGCAGCCCAAGUGGACGGGUCGCAAACGGCGUAGCUUUAGAAGCAGCAGCAGCAGUGCCAGCAGCACCGAUAACAGCCACUCGUCGCCGGAGGCAGUGCCUCGGCUGGUCUAUCUCCAAUUGGGCGAUAAAGUCGUUAAGGUUAGGGACGAGCCACAGUCCAACGUCGUCCUGGAAGACGAUGGCGAAUUGAAAACGAAGAUGCACAAGUUUUUGGGUCUGAUUGCGUCACGUCGCAAGCUUUACUAUCCUGCGGAGGACUGCGAUAUGGAUCCGGAGGAAAAUAAUGAGAAAAACGUGUCUUUAUCGAUCACUCAUGUCGCCAAUACAUCCCCCACGUCCGCACCAACUCCCCCUACUCAAUCAGCCAAGCUUCCAAUUCGGCCGGAUACAACGCACACAUCCACAUCCACUUGGUCAAAGCUAAAUCUAUCGCAUAUCCACUCGCCGACCAAGGCGGAGCGCCAGGCCAAAGUCAUGGAAGACUUUGUGCUCCAGGCCAUUGUCUACUCCUUUGAGGAGUGCACCCCGGACUCGCUGAAGGAGCCCAUUGAUCUAAGCGAGCUUCCCAGCAAGAAGCAGCUGGCGACCAACUGCCGCCGCCACAAGAGCAGCGUAGCCUGUUUGGAGCGGCACCGACAGUUCUACGGAUUCGUUCAGUCGCUCAGCCCGGCAAUCUCGCUCAACAUGUGCCAUCCGCUGGCGCUCACCUAUCGGCAGACCGACUUCUGCCAAUGCAAAGUGCCACUGGCCAAGACGCUGUUCAACAUGUUCAACCACGCGAUCUUCCACUGCGGCCUGCAGGUGCCCAUUGUUUGGAAGGAAUCCAUGAACACGCGCUGGAAGUGCGUGCUUACCAUCGAUGCCUCCGGCAAGCGAACCGCCGAGAUUCUGCUUCUGCGCAGCAUCGAGACUGCGGCCGAGCUCAUCCAGCCCCUGUUGCACGAAAUGUGCCAUGCGGCGGCCUUCCUGUUUAACCGGGAGCUAGGUCACGGCGACAAUUGCCGUAGAUGGGCCUACCAGGCGAAGAUGGCGUUCCCGGAGGUGCCCACCAUCGACGACUGCAUGGGCAGCUUCAAGUACACGUGCACCAUGUGCACCCGAUGCUCCUACGGCGUGGUCGACUUGCAAACGCACAACCUGCGCUGCUACUACUGCCAGUUCGAGGUGAGCGUGAAGCCCUUUUGCAAGACAAACAUGCACGACGGCGCCCGAUCGGAUCCGACGAUGACGCCGUUCAAGUGCUUCAUCCGGGACAAGUAUUUGAAGCUGGGCGAGGAGGGGGGCGCCACGCACUCGUCGAGGAUGACGCUGCUCAACGAGGAGUUCGUGAAGAUGAACGCAAAGACCUAGCUGCUGGCACACAAUUUGCAGAAUAUAUUUUUUAAGUACUAUAUGAACAACCAAGUUGGGCACCACGAGCAUGCAGGAGCCUAUUGUGAACACGCUGUGACCUACUUACCUUAUAUAUUUUAUACAAACUUUUACAUCCUGUACAAUUGGGGAACCUCCGAAGCCCAGAUGAACCUCAACAAGGAGUUCGGCAGGUCAUCUACGUGUUAACAAGUAUAUAUUUUGAUGUUGACUACCUAAUUACAUGUAAAUACUAAUAUAAGUCCCUUGGGAACGCUGCUGCCUAGUAAGAAAUACGUUGUGCUAUGCAUAUAGCUAUAUUCAAACGAAAUCAAAAGAGAAAUCAAAGCUACUUUAAUAUGAGAAACAAUCGCAGUUGCAGUUCGAAUGAAAUGCGUUUUUGCGUUUAAUGUUUGUGCAACUUGCUAUCGGCGCCCCAAAAUAAAAUCGACAAUAAUGCAAAUA